GAGAGGAUUAAAAAGAGCUGCUAGACUGCUAGUGCUACAAACAAUCGAUGAUUGACAAUAACGUGAAAACAGACAGAACCGUGUUCAUAGUGAAGUCAAAGACAUCUUCAAACAGAACUGCACGAUGAUGCCUCUUUUCACUGCUCCCCAUUGACCUGUCUGUUGAUUCAACAAAUAUAUUCACUUUAACUUUGCAAGCUAACCCAUUAGUGUGUUUCUUCUUCUUCUCUUCCUUGGUCCAUACUCCAUUGUUGUCUCUGAGUUCAGAUCAAAAGCUAUGAUGAUGACCAAAAACGGUGCUACAACUUUGCAGAUUACAAUUCCAAGCUAUUGUGAAGUUAAGGUAUACCGAUCAUUAUGCAUAGAGCUUCAUGGAUUCAUUGGUAGAAUUUUGCACUUAUUAUUGGAUAUCGAAUCUGCCAGACCAAAUUGUGCUUUAGCAAUGCAGGCAUUGUGCUCAUUGCACUUCACUUUGGAUAAAGCCAAGUCAGUCAUCAAACAUUGUUCUGAGUCAAGUCAACUCUACCUGGUAAUCACAUCAAACAAGAUACUUUCAAGAUGUGAAAAAAUAAGAAGUGCUUUUGAGUUGUACUUGGCUCAGAUUCAAAAUGCAGUUCCAAUACCAUUGGCUGCUGAGAUAUCUGCAAUACUUCGUGAUCUGAGGGACACAGAAUUUUCCCUGGAAUUUGCAGAAGAAGAGGCUAGGAAAGUAGUGUUGUCCAUGUUUGAGAAGAAUUUUCCUGAUUCAGUGUCUAUGGAGAAUGCAGAACUUGAAGCUAUUCAAAUUGCAACUUUGAGGUUGAAUAUCAAAUCUUCAUCCCAUCUCUUAGUAGAGAAAGCAACUCUUAAGAGGCAACUUAAAAAUGUCAAUGGCACAAACCAAAAGGAGAAGGAACUUCUAGAAUACCUUUUGUAUUUGUUGAUCAAAUAUGAGAAACUCAUUUGCCAGGUUCAAAAUGGAAGCCAAACCAGUCCUUGAAACAAGAGUGUCAUGACUAAUCCUUUGAGCAUGAGUUGGUUGUGGAUGAAGCAAUAUGUAACAAUCAAGUCAAGGACUCUAUUAACACACAAGUUGAAGAUUUAUGAUUAUUUAGGACUUGAGAGGUUGUUUUGCUUUUUUACUUAUUAUUAGAAUUUAGAAGUAUUUAUUUGAAUUUGAAUUCCUCCAGCCAGGUGUUUUAAUUCCAGUGUAAAAUAUUUGUUACAUCCUUGAAGUUUUGGCACAUUUUCACUACCCCAAGUCAAACUGGUACAUGUUGUUGUGCCAAGGGGCCGUUAUGCCCCUUGCUAAAGCAUAUGACUAUUUUUUUUGUAUCUAUUGAGCAAAAAGUUGCAAUUGUAUAGUACAUAUACAUAAUACAUAAUUUACACA